GCUGCUCCUGCUGCCGCCACAGAAACCGGCUGUCCCGCACUGAAACGGGGGGCACACGUCUGACACGGUCCGCGCACCGACCUCGUUCGGAGGGAGUCGCCCCGCCGCUAAAAGGUUCUCACUCGCAGAGAUUCCUCGCCAGCGCUCAGGAUGAUCAAGAACGGACAUCACCACCACCACCAAGUGAACCCAGCGGCCGGGAGAGACGCGGGGACGAGCCCGGGCACUGCAGCCCACAGUCCCGAGAAGAGGAGGCGAAGAAUCCGGGUGUGGUGCGACGGCUGCUACGACAUGGUGCAUUAUGGCCACUCCAAUCAGCUGCGACAGGCCAAGGCCGUGGGAGAUUACCUCAUCGUUGGAGUACACACAGACAGUGAGAUUGCAAAGCACAAGGGUCCGCCAGUCUUCACUCAGGCAGAAAGAUACAAGAUGGUGCGGGCCAUUAAAUGGGUGGACGAGGUCGUGGAAGGAGCGCCCUAUGUCACCACCCUCGAGACCCUCGACAAGUACAACUGUGACUUCUGUGUGCACGGAGAUGAUAUAACACUAACAGUGGAUGGUAAGGAUACGUAUGAAGAGGUGAAGAAGUCAGGGCGGUACAGGGAGUGUAAGAGAACCCAGGGAGUUUCAACCACAGAUCUGGUUGGCAGGAUGCUGCUGAUGACCAAAGCACACCACAGCAACAUUGAUAGUUCAGACUAUCAGCAGCACACAGACAACUUUGGAAAGAAGGGCCACAGUCCCUGGACGGGGGUGUCUCAGUUCCUGCAGACUUCACAGAAGAUCAUCCAGUUUGCUUCAGGCCAGGAGCCUCAACCUGGAGACACUAUCAUCUAUGUGGCAGGAGCCUUCGACCUCUUCCAUAUUGGCCAUGUAGACUUCCUGGAAGCAGUGCAUAAGCUCGCAGAAAAGCCAUACAUUAUAGUGGGGUUGCACUUUGAUCAGGAAGUGAAUCGUUACAAAGGGAAAAACUACCCCAUCAUGAAUGUCCACGAGAGAACUCUGAGCGUCCUGGCGUGUCGAUAUGUGUCAGAGGUGGUGAUUGGUGCACCCUUUGCAGUCACAAAAGAUUUGCUGGACCAUUUCAGGGUGGAUAUUGUUUGCCAUGGAAAGACAGAAAUAUACCCUGACAAGGAUGGAUCUGACCCUUAUGCUGAGCCCAGGAGGAAAGGAAUCCUGCGCACUGUUGACAGUGGGAACAGCCUCACUACAGAUGCCAUUGUGCAGAGGAUAAUCAAAAACCGGUUGCAAUUCGAAGCGAGGAACCAGAAGAAGGAGGCCAAAGAAAUCGCCGUGAUCCAGGCCAUGAAGCGACAAGAGGAAGAAAAGACUAAAGAAAGAGCCCAGGCCGUGCUGUAGGAAGGCCCCAAAAAGGCACCAUCAACAAAGUGUCAUCAUAACUCUGACAAGCUCAAUUAAUCUUUUCUCGUGUACAGUUAAAAUCAACCCUUUUAUAAGUGUUUUAACACCCUCCACACACAAUCUUGGCUAACAACAGCAGUCUUUAAAGCAGCCCGUUUGUAGCCAGCGCGGCAUAGUCUGCUGUGGGAUCAUCAGGUAUACAAUGUGUGUUUGUGUGUGUGGGGGUGGGUCGUCUGUGUAUUAAUCUAUUCUGCAUAUGCAACUACAUGUCCAUGUCAGUCAAGAAAUCACACAUAUACAGAUAUGUAACUACUGGAGUUUUGAACCAAUUGAAAAAAGUUAAAACAAGGAAGAUAUUGCCAUGUCGUCAACUGUCUAUUUUAUGUCUUUGGAUAUGUUUAAUUCCUCAAGUACUUUUUUUUUUUUUUUUGAUUUAAAAAAAAUGUUAUUUUUUUUAAAUAUUAUAUCAUGGGAUUUCGGGAUUUAAGGAGCAAGUGUGGGGACCUGAGAUGCUGGUCAGGCAUUGAAGUACAGCAAGGAAGAGAUUUGAAUGGUUAUUUCCGUGGGGCUGUUGCUGCUUUCUGCCCAACAAUGGUCUUGGCCCCACGACUGAUCUAUCUUUGUAUAUACUGUAUGUACUGUAUGUAUGUAUGUAUUAUAAAGUGACUACAGGCUUGCUUGGUUUGCUUGGAAGUGAGAGGAAUGUUGAAGAUUCGAUGGACUCUUUCGGGACCUCAUGUAUAUACCGGAUCCUGCUCCAGACUGCACUGAAUUCUCAGAAAUCAUCAGAACUGUUCUGUUUUUAUCGUCAGAGCAGGUUUUUAACUCAGAAAAUGCACACUGUCGAGACCUGCACACCUGGCCUUUUGAGUGCAAUUGUUUUUUUGUUUCUUUUUUUAAAAACCAACACUCCUUAGAUUUAUCCUAAUAUAGAGAGCGCUACAGAGUUUUAACAGACUGCUUUUAACCUUUAGUUUUCAUAGUAAAACUAUAAACUAUGACAGAUGAUCAGUGUUGUUAACUUGAUCAUAAAGUAGACCUCUUACUGUCAUUUUGGAGCCCUGAUCAAUUUAACCUCUGUUUCUAUAUCAAAUGGUAUUAAAUAAUAUAUUUUUUGUAGGUGUAUAUUUUACUCACCUCCUCUCCAUUAACUGCUGUAUAGAUUAAUAUUGUUUAAAAAGCAUAAUAAUAUAUCUGUAUGUCAAGUUGGAAUGUAUUCAGUGUAGGCUAUAAUGUGUGUUACUGACAA